AAAUUAAUAGCCGGUGAUGAGCCCUAUAAAUGUAUAUGGUGCGGUGAUUUCUGAAUAGCAAGCCCUCAAACAAAACCCCAAAAACCCUAACAGCAGCCACCGAUUCGCAUUCUUGAAAUUCAAUGGCAAGAAAGGCGCAAGCCGUUGAUAUUCUCCCUCCCCCUUCUUCAUCCGACGAUGAAACUCAAGAUCAAGAUGGCUCUAGUAGCAGCACUGAUGAUGAACAGCCCCAACAACACCCCCCAAAGACUCAAAAGCCCCAAGAAUCUGAAGAAUCCGAUAAUUCUGAUGACGAAACUGAAGAUGAUGAGCCCGAGGCUGCGCCUCAGCCUGUUGUGAAGAAACCCUCCUUACGAGAAGCCCCAGAAGAGUCUGAUGAUUCUGAUUCUGGUACUGAAUCUGAUGAGACCCAGAACUCACCUUCUGCUUCGGCCUUCACUGUUAAGCCUGUUGUUCAGAAAGCUGUUGCGAAGUCGCCUGAACCGAAGACUCCCUCUUCGAAGGCGCCCCGGGUCAAGUCCCGGGCCAAGCGCCCUACUGAGUCUGAGGAGACUGAUAAGGUUUCCAAGGCUGUUUCGAAGAAUCAAGAAAUUGGGAAGGGGAAAGGGGGGAGUAGUAAGAGGCCUGCGGAGGCUGAGGCGGAGAAGAUUGAUAAGGUUUCGAAGAGUAAGAAAAGUAAGGUGACUAAUGGGGAUGGGCAGAGUGUGGGGAAAGUCGAUAAGGGUUCGAAGGGUAAGAAAGCGGUGAGUGGGGAUGAGGAUGGCGGUGAGGUUGAGGAGAAGAAGAGUAUUGCUAAGUGGCAUUGGAAAGAUGAGAUUGCGUUGUUGGGUGGGAUUGUUGAUUUUAAGGCUGAGACAGGGGGUGAUUGGAAUUCUAAACUGGAUGUUUUUUAUGAGUCAGUGAAGGAUUUGCUUUCGGUUAAGCUGACGAAAAAUCAGUUGUCUGAGAAGGUUAAGAGGCUGAAGAAGAAGUUUCAGACCAAUGUGGGGAAAUUUCAGAAUGGUGAGGAGCCUGUGUUUUCGAAGCCUCAUGAAAGCAAGUUGUUUGAGCUUUCACAGAAGAUUUGGGGCAGUGAAGGGACUGGUGCUGAUGGGAAUGAUAGUAAGGUAAAGAGUACUAAGAAAAAGGGUAAGGAUGAUGGGAUUGUAGUUGGUAAUGCUAAUACCAGUACUCCGGUUAAAUCAAAUGCAAACAGGGAGCUUUUUGUGCAAGAGGAAGUUAAGAACACAAUUGUGGAGGAUAGGAGGGAAGAAACACAAGAUGUUUGGUCACUAUAUCCAAAUUUGUGUGCUUCUGUUGAAUCGGAGGUGUCUAGUUUUUCAAUAUUGCAGGGAAAAAAUUUAAAGGAUCAUGUCAAGAAGAUAAUUAGCGGGAUGGGGGAAGAGAAGGCAAGAGAACUGGAGGAUGAGUGGGAAGCUAUUCAUGGGAUGGAUCUUCAGCUGUAUGCAAGGAGGACACAGUUGAUCAGUAAGCAAGCUGGAGCUAUUGCGGAUGUUUCUAAUAUCUAAUCAUAAAAAAUCUUUGUGGAUGAGGUGGGAACAAUGUUUAACAACAAGUGAAUGCCGCCCUGGUUGAUGAUGUUGCUGAAGCUGAAUUGGGAAUUUUAUGCUAGUUAGGUGGUUGUUUUAAUGUUUUUAGUACGUGCGGUCUCCUUUCUAUUGUUUUUGGUAGCUGAACUUGUUUUGCUAAGUCGUUUCCUAAUUUUGGAUUUGUCUUUAAAAGAAGUUGCUAGUAUCAACUACCGGAAGGGAAUUGUUUCUUUCA